CUUAAGGUUUGCAUGACCAAAAGGCCGCAGAUGGGAGGGGGUGUGAAGGAGCCAUAAGUGAGUUCUGUUGAACAUCCAGAAGGUGCUUCCUUCACGGGGCUCGCUCCUCAUCACAGAAGAUGAGUGACUCAGUCCAGAGGGCAGGAGGGCCCUGGACAUCUGGGCCAGAAUGAAAACCCAUCAGCUUUACUUCUCCCUUCUGCCUCCUCUGACUUGGUUUCCUCGAACUCAGUGUCUCGGGAGCCAAGUGCCAAGCUGCGGAAGAAGGUAGAUGGAUGCCGCAGAGACGCCAGACUGAGCACCGGAAGUGGGCAGCAGGAGCUAGAGUGAAUCAAAAGUCUUAACGUGGUGUUGGCGGUCACGUCCUGCUCCUGAGCUUUGUUUACAAGUGGCUGGAACAACACUGAAAAGAAGGUAUACAACAUCCCUGGCAUUUCCCCCGACAUGAUGAAGCUAAUUAUCGAAUAUGCGUACACCCGGACCAUCCCCAUCACACCAGAGAACGUGGAGAAGCUGCUGGCUGCUGCAGACCAAUUUAACAUCAUGGGUAUUGUCAGGGGUUGCUGUGAGUUCCUCAAGUCGGAGCUGUGUUUGGUUAAUUGUAUCGGCAUCUGCAAGUUCACAGACUACUACUACUGCCCCGAACUGAGGCGGAAGGCCUACAUGUUCAUACUGCACAACUUUGAGGAGAUGGUGAAAGUCUCAGCAGAGUUUUUAGAGCUCUCAGUCACUGAACUUAAGGAUAUCAUUGAGAAAGAUGAGCUCAACGUCAAGCAAGAAGAUGCUGUAUUUGAGGCCAUUAUAAAAUGGAUUUCUCAUGACCCCCAAAAUAGGAAGCAGCAUAUUUCAGUUUUGCUUCCCAAGGUUCGCCUGGCUCUAAUGCAUGCUGAAUACUUCAUGAACAAUGUUAAGAUGAAUGACUAUGUCAAAGACAGUGAGGAAUGCAAGCCAGUCAUCAUUAAUGCACUGAGGGCCAUGUAUGACCUAAACAUGAACGGACCUUCUAAUUCUGACUUCACCAACCCACUCACCAGGCCCCGCCUGCCCUAUGCCAUCCUAUUUGCAGUUGGUGGCUGGAGUGGUGGGAGCCCCACCAACGCCAUUGAGGCAUAUGAUGCUCGGGCAGACAGAUGGCUGAAUGUCACUUGUGAGGAAGAGAGUCCUCGUGCCUACCACGGGGCAGCUUAUUUGAAAGGCUAUGUUUAUAUCAUUGGGGGGUUCGAUAGUGUAGACUAUUUCAAUAGUGUUAAGCGUUUUAACCCAGUCAAGAAAACGUGGCACCAGGUGGCCCCGAUGCACUCCAGGCGUUGCUAUGUCAGCGUGACAGUCCUCAGUAAUUUUAUUUACGCCAUGGGAGGAUUUGAUGGCUACGUGCGUCUCAACACUGCUGAACGUUAUGAGCCAGAGACCAACCAGUGGACACUCAUUGCCCCCAUGCACGAACAGAGGAGUGAUGCGAGUGCCACAACACUCCACGGAAAGGUCUACAUAUGUGGUGGGUUUAACGGAAAUGAAUGCCUGUUUACAGCAGAAGUGUACGACGCUGAGAGUAAUCAGUGGACAGUCAUAGCACCCAUGAGAAGCAGGAGGAGUGGAAUAGGCGUAAUUGCUUAUGGAGAACACAUAUAUGCGGUAGGCGGCUUUGACGGAGCUAAUCGACUUAGGAGUGCAGAAGCCUACAGCCCAGCGGCUAAUACUUGGCGCACGAUCCCCACUAUGUUUAAUCCUCGUAGCAAUUUUGGUAUCGAGGUGGUAGACGACCUCUUGUUUGUGGUGGGUGGCUUUAAUGGCUUUACCACCACCUUUAAUGUUGAGUGCUAUGAUGAAAAGACUGAAGAGUGGUAUGAUGCUCAUGACAUGAGUAUAUACCGCAGUGCUCUGAGCUGCUGUGUGGUACCAGGGCUGGCCAAUGUUGGGGAAUACGCAGCUAGACGAGACAACUUCACAGGAUUAGCACUGCGUGAUGAAGUAAAGUAUUCCGCCUCGACAAGUACCCUACCUGUAUGA